CGACGGACGACGGAACGAAAGAAAGAUGGCGGAUGAGGGCGAAGUGUCCGCGCUGGUGUGCGAUAACGGGUCGGGGAUGGUGAAAGCCGGGUUCGCGGGCGACGACGCCCCGAAGGCGGUGUUUCCGUCCAUCGUCGGUCGACCGCGACACCACGGCGUCAUGGUGGGCAUGGGGCAGAAGGAUUGCUACGUCGGAGACGAGGCGCAGAGUAAGCGAGGGAUCUUGACGCUCAAGUAUCCGAUCGAACACGGGAUCGUCACCAACUGGGACGACAUGGAGAAGAUCUGGCAUCACACGUUUUACAACGAGCUUCGCGUGGACCCGGCCGAGCACCCCGUGCUUUUGACCGAGGCCCCGAUGAACCCGAAGGCGAAUCGCGAGAAGAUGUGCCAAAUCAUGUUCGAGACUUUCAACGUGCCCGCCAUGUACGUCUCCAUCCAGGCCGUGUUGUCCCUGUACGCCUCGGGCCGCACGACGGGCAUCGUGCUCGACUGCGGCGACGGCGUAUCGCACACGGUGCCGAUUUACGAGGGCUACGCGUUACCGCACGCCAUCCUUCGCCUCGAUCUCGCGGGUAGAGAUUUGACCGAUUACAUGGUGAAGAUCUUGACCGAGCGCGGACACUCUUUCACGACGUCGGCGGAGCGCGAAAUCGUUCGCGACAUCAAGGAGAAGCUCGCGUACGUCGCGGUGGAUUUCGACGAGGAAAUGGCGGCGAGCCAAAGCUCCUCCACGAUCGAGAAGUCGUACGAGCUUCCCGAUGGACAAAUGAUCACGAUCGGUAACGAACGUUUCCGUUGCCCCGAGGUUUUGUUCCAGCCCAGUUUGAUCGGCAUGGAAACCCCGGGCAUUCACGAGACGACGUACAACUCCAUCAUGCGUUGCGACGUCGACAUCAGGCGCGAUUUGUACGCCAACAUCGUGCUUUCCGGUGGUACUACCAUGUUCCCCGGCAUCGCCGAUCGCGUGUCCAAGGAGCUCACCGCUCUGGCGCCGUCGUCCAUGAAAAUCAAGGUCGUCGCCCCGCACGAGCGCAAGUACUCGGUUUGGAUCGGCGGGUCCAUCCUCGCGUCUUUGUCCACGUUCCAACAAAUGUGGAUCGCGAAGAGCGAGUACAACGAAGCCGGACCUUCUAUCGUCCACCGUAAGUGCUUCUAAUCAAUACUUUUCAGUUGUAACACUGCACGAAACGACAUUAGAGUGAACAUUCGACGCUCGGCGCGCGCGCGCGUCGACGC